AUGGCUACCAACCCUAAGGUCUUCUUCAACAUGACCAUCGGUGGCCAACAUGUUGGUCGUAUCAUCAUAGAGCUCUAUGCCGACAUGGUUCCCCACACCGCCGAGAACUUCCGAGCUCUCUGGACCAGCGAGAAGCGCGCCGGCCGCUCCGGCAGGCCACUCCACUACAAGGGCUCAUCAUUCCACUGCGUGAUCACUAGGUUUAUGUGCCAGGGAGGUGACUUCACCACAAGAAACGGCACUGGAGGUGAGUCGAUCUAUGGCGCCAAGUUUGCUGACGAGAACUUCCUGAAGAAGCACACCAGCCCUAGAGUCCUCUCCAUGGCCAAUGCUAGUCCCGAAACCAACAGAUCUCAAUUCUUCAUCAGCACCGCCAAGACCAGGUGGCUCAACGGAAAGCACAUCUUGUUCAGCCAGAUCAUCGAGGACAUGGAUUUGGUCCACAAAGUAAAUGAAAUGAAAUGGGAGAAAGAGGCUCCAAGGUGCUGUAUCAUGCCUGGAAAAAUUGCAUAA